CAAUGCCCGUCAUCAAUCAUAGUGACAGCAGAGUACUGGUAAUUUCUCAUGGCACUACGAGUAAUCAUUGUUGGGGGCUCCAUCGCGGGCCUAACCCUAGCACACAGCCUACGGGCGUGUCACAUCGACUACCUCGUGCUCGAGGCGAAGGCAGACAUUGCACCAGCCGUCGGCGCAUCGAUCGGCAUCUUACCUAAUGGCGCCCGCAUCCUGGACCAACUGGGGAUCUGGCCGGCCAUUGGCCAGCACAUUGCCCCCCUGCAUCAGUCGUUCGUUUGGUCCAGUGCUGGGAGACUAAUAGUCCGAAGUGACCAUCCGCGGCUGAUUCAUGAGCGACAUGCAUAUCCGUUUGCCUUUCUGGACCGCCGGAUUCUGCUGAAGAUACUGUAUGAGCAGUUGGGGUUGCAGCAGGAGAGGGUGCAUCUCAAUAAGAGGGUGGUCAGGGUUGGACAUGUAGCCGACGGGGUGGUCGCUCACUGCGAGGAUGGCUCUGUCUUUGCGGGGGACCUCGUGGUCGGCGCAGAUGGCGUCCGGAGCACUGUCCUGCAGGAGAUGCGCCGUCAGAAUGCCAAGUCUAUUCUUGAUGUCGGACACCGCGGUUCUGCCAUGCAAUCCGAGUACUCGUGUCUGUUUGGUAUCUCCAACCCGGUCCCGGGCUUACACGCCGGAGACGGGCACUUUACCUACGCAAAAGGCUACUCUACCCUGACCGUGGUCGGCAAAGACGAUCGCGUCUUCUGGUUUCUAUUCACGAAGAUGAGCCAAAGCUAUGAUGCUGACCAUAUUCCCCGCUUCACGGAGGAAGACCUACAGAGGCAUGUUGCCCGCUAUGGACACGUGCCUAUCAGUGACACCGUUCCCCUAUCUGCAGUCUCCGAGCGCAUCCAGGCAGGAAGUCUACAUGCUCUCGAAGAAGCCUUCGCACCCGUAUGGACCGUCGAUCGUAUCGCAUGCGUUGGGGAUGCAAUUCACAAGAUGACACCAAACAUCGGCCAAGGCGGAAACUCCGCCAUCGAAACCGUCGCAGCCCUAGCGAACCAUCUAGCCAGCCUCCGCCGAAAAACUCCCGACCGUGCCCCCUCCCUCACCGAGCUCAAAACAUGUCUCCAAACCUGGCAAACCGAGCGACACGAUCGGGCUCACAAAGUCUGGAGCGCCGCCAACGCAGCAACCCGCAUGGAAGCGGGCGAUACCCUGUACCAUCGAAUCAUAGGGCAAUACAUGCUCCCCUAUCUGGGCUCUUACUUGACAGAUGGCAUGUCAGAGUUGAUCAAAGGGGCGGAGAAGUUGGACUUUUUGCCGGUGCCGGCGAGGUCGCUUGCGGGAUCGAUUCCGUAUACUUCUGAGGGAGCGACUAGUGAGAUGGAAGUGGGGAUGGGUAGGGCUUGGUUUCGUUGGAUGUGGGUCGCGGUGCUGGUGGGGGCCGUUUGGCGAUUGUGUGUGGUAUGUCUAGUUGGGGCAGAUGUCUUGCAAUGCGGUAUCUUUUGAAUGUUAAAUGCUUUUUGUUCUGAAUUUUUAUGUUAUU